CUCAUUCCUCGAUGAUGAGAAGCUCCUAAAAUAAAAUAAAAUCCCGAAAGUCUGUCCUCCUCUACCCCUGUCGGGCCCGAAACCCUCACCUGCUAUCGCCUACUGACCGAAAUCCGCGCGAUACAGUUUGCUGCCCGAGCUAGCUGAGAAGGUAACGGCGGGAUCGCGGCAUACAAAGACCUACGAAACUGCCAUCUUUCCCCUUUUCUUCUCCGAUCCUAUCCGAUACCGUUGAGGAAGGUAACCAUCGUAUUUCUCACUCUUCCUCCCACCCCCUUUCGCGCGCUUCAGCUCUUCUAAAUCCCGUAAAUCCGCCUUCCGCUGGGAUUUACAGAAAUCCCGGAUUUAAAGCUGUCAUUUUUGAUAUUUGGCGGGAUUUCGGUUAAAUCCUAAGUCCUGCUAUCAAACAACCCCUAAAAGAGCUUAUCCGUCGCGAUGGAGGCCGCAGUGAAGGAGAAGACAGCGGCAGCAUUGUGCGCAGCUGGGCAGCCUCUUUUUUCUCGGAGAAUUGAGUUUCACCCAGCGAGGAGGCCCUACGCAGGCGUCCCUCUCUUCUCAGGGGACUUCCGCCUCGAAAUCUUAAACCCUGGUAGCGCCGACGAGCGAAAGUCGGCAUCUGGCAGCGGUGCAGAGCCCUCGACGGCGGAGAAUGGGCCGCAUGGGAAGAGAUCGACAGGUGGGGAAUUUCGUGAGCAUGGAUUGGAUCCGGAACUCAGCUUCAGGAUCAGCUUCCAGAGGAUCGGUGCUGGAUUGGAGAACCUGGGAAAUACGUGUUAUCUGAAUUCAGUUCUCCAAUGCCUCACAUAUACGGAACCUUUUGCAGCUUAUUUGCAGAGUGGGAAGCAUAAAUCUACCU